AUGUCGGCAUCCACGGCGCAGUACAAGGAUAGGCAGUUCCUCGCUGUCAUUGGCGAUGAGGCAUGCAUAUUUCUUCCAUAUGGCGCAGCUCUAGCUAACAAUCCCCAGGACACAGUAACAGGCAUGCUUCUCGCCGGCGUAGGCCACGUGACCCCGGCUCCAGACGCACAGAAGAACUUCCUCGUCGUCGACGCAAAGACCGAGAACGCGACCAUCGAAGCCGCCUUCGACAAGUUCACCACCGAGCGCAAGGACAUCGCCAUCCUGCUUAUCAACCAACAUAUCGCGGAGAAGAUAAGACAUCGGGUCGAGAGCUACACAGCGGCUUUCCCUAGUUUGCUGGAGAUUCCGUCCAAGGACCAUCCGUAUGACCCUGAGAAGGACAGCGUGCUGAAGAGGGUGAGGAGGUUAUUCGGAGAGUAG